AUGGCGGCCCGACAAUCAACACCGUCCUCCGAUCACUCGCACUCUUCAGAUGGGAUCCGCAAGCGCUGUGAUGGAAGCAGUCCCUGCUCGCGCUGUCGUGCCGACAAUGCGAUUUGUGUGUUUGGCGAACGAAAGAAGGCACAUGACAAGGUCUAUCCCAAAGGAUAUGUGGAGAUGCUCGAGCAACAACAAGCGUGGCUCGUUCAUGGUCUGCAAGAAUUAUAUCGUCGCAGUAUCGAAGGCGAAGGGUGGCCCGGCGAACGCCUCAAGACCGAAUCCAAUGGUCAUCCCCUCACGCACGAUCUGCUGACUCGCCUCGGCGCUCUCGACCACUCCAAGGGGGAACGUUUUGAAGAAAAUCCCGAAGCCAUGCAGCAAGAGUUGUGGCAGAAUGGAAUGGCGCGUCAAGAAUCUACCGAUAGUUCCGCCGACAGCCCACACAGCCCGAUUGCCCGCUCACACUUCUCCUCCGACGCCUUCUCUUCACAUUCGCAAUCACAGCAGACCAUGCCCCCCACACCACCGACCUAUAGCCCGAUCCGCCAAAAUAGUGCGCUCAUGCAACAAACCGUCAAGAUGGAGCCCACCAUGACCACUGCACCCACCCCGCAGGCGCAAUUUGCCAUGUCGAUGCAGGGAGUGGUCAAUCCGUUGGCAUUGCAGGGUGCGCCACAGUGGCCCAGCAAUCACCCCGGCUUUAUUCCCUUUGACGAUCUCGAUUUGAUGGGAUCCGCCGAUUACACGGGAUUCAGCUUCGAUGAGCCCGUACCUUCCCCCAUGUUUCAUCGUCAAAUGGCCAUGAAUUGCAUGCCCACGGAUUACGACGACUUCAAGGAGUUUCUGAAUCCCAAUGCCACAGAAAUCACCUCGAUCUAA